GAUACAUGUAACCCUUGUUUCCAAUUCUUGUUUCACAUUCCUUGUAGUUUACUAUAUAAAUGGCAUCAACCGUUUUCAAUUCACCUUUGAUAUAGCUAAAAUCGACUAAACCGAUACUUAGAGCAUACUAAAAGGGGUUGUGUCAGUGUUUUGCAAGAAGACUAAAGAUGGACGAGUAUACACGAAGACAUUUCCAAGAGUUUAUGCAACAAAUGGAUAAUGGCAAAAGAACUGAAGCUGAAAGACGCUCGGAGAGUGACCCGAUGACCCCCGAAGCACGAAACGAAAAUGAGAAUAAAGCGAAAGAAACAACUUCACAAUCGUCAAAAAAGAGACAGCAAGCGAAAUUUGAAUGGCCGGACGACUUGGUUGAAGCUGUUAUAAAUGCUUGGCAAGAUGAACCGGUUUUGUAUGAUGUAUCGCACCCAGAGUACCAUUUGAAGGAUAAAAGGCGAAUUGCAGUUCAACGUGUGUCAAAUAAAAUUGAAGAAGAAGGAUUCUCUCCUCUACCCAGUCUGGAGGAAAUCACUAGAAAGCUCAACUCUUUGAGAGGGUAUUUCGUUGCUGAAAGGAAUAAAACCAAUCAGAGUAAAGUAAGUGGUGCUGGACUCAACGAAGUUUAUAAGAGCAAAUGGCAGUACUUUGAUUCUUUGCAGUUCUUGGCAGACAACAUUACAGCUCGAAGAACAGAGUCAAAUUUGUCAAGACGAAAGCAAGGAUCAAAUGACGGUGAUGAUGCAAAGGAUUAUGCUUAUCCAGUCAACAAUACGCCAUCUGCAAAGUCUGCAAAGAAGAUUGAAGCAGCGAAAACUAACGAACUGCUGGAAACAGCUAUCAGUGUCCUGAAAAGGCCAAGGCAGACUCCUGAACACAAGGAUCGAACUGCAGACAGGCUUUUUGGCGAGAUGGUUUCCAAAAUGUUAGAAGAAAUCCCUGACGGCUAUGCCAAGGAUAUGGCAAAAAUUGACAUUCAAAAAAUGCUGCUGCAGCUAAAGCAUUCAGGGCAUCAGCAACAACAACAGAUUUCACGACAGCAAAUGAUGCAUGAGUCAUCCCGUUUUGAGCCAUUUCAAAGGAUUGUCAGGACAAAUUCUGACACAUCGUCCCCUACCAUAGACCUUGAACGCCAAAGCUCAGGACGGAGCUUUUAUGAAAGAGUAGAACUGGAAGAUCUCUGAUUUUUGAUCAUUUUAAUUAUUAGUGCAGUAGCGAGAAAAGAUGUUAUAAUUUUUUAUUUGUGCAGUUUGUCUAUUG